UUUCAGUUUCGACAGACGAGCCGACCAGCCGACCGUUGCAUCUCGUAAGGUCACUAUUUACAGCUAUUGCUAUGGAGUUUCGCCAACACAAAGUGAAUCUGUCCUUUUCGAUUGAAAAUAUUCUACGAGAAGAUUUUCCUCAUCGGCAAAGAACCCACGUCGCAAAUCUGCCAACGGUCAGAGAAUCUUGCUUGGAGAGAUGGGGUACCAUGCCAUUUUAUCAGUGUUACACGGUUCGUUACAGCCCUAUUUUUGUGAAACGUCUGCCAGACAUGUAUAAAGGUGAGGGAAGAUUGCAUCGAGUAAAUAGAGAGAAAGAACAAAUUCUACCCGAGCAAGAGAAAAAGAUCGACGACCAUUGUCUAAGCUGCAAAGACGAAGCUCUCCAUCACAGCAGCGAUGAAAUCAGCGACAAAGAGGUUAAAAAGUCAGAAACGUGUGUCGUGGACAAAGUUCCAAAACGGAAGCGGCGAAAUCGCAGCCAUUUCACCCAGCGUCAACUCCAAUAUCUGGAGAAGAUAUUUUCCCGCCAACAGUAUCUGACACGCGACGAGCGCACGCUAUUGGCGAGAGGCCUGGAAAUGACUGAACUUCAGAUCAGAAACUGGUUUCAAAACCAGCGAUACCAAAAGAAGCAUCGCGCUAACGAGAACGCGAAACAAACUGAGCCAGAUUCUCCAGUGUCCGUGAAAAGUGAAGUGUAAUUUUAUCCCGGCUUCCAGCAAAUGUCUCGCUAAAAUGAAUACGACAGUUAUCCUGGUACGGUCGGUGACAGCCAUAAGCUCAAUUUACUUGAGGAAUAUUUUCGACAACGCCAGCACUCCAUUCAUAUCGAAUUUUUCUAUUUAUCAAAGUCUCUUAUAUUGUGAAACGUUCUGCUGGCAUCACAGAGUAGAAGUUGUGUAUCUGAUACAAAAAUCAGUUACGAAUCGUAAAACUAUAAAUUAUAAACAAGAGUAUUUUUUGUGUUGCCGUAGUUGAUAACUCAUACGCUUUAAAAGUUAAUUUAUUAAAUGUACGUACGUGUAUUGAAUUGUCAAUCUGAUCAACUGAAGUGGACAGUUAUGGUUGCAAAAUUUAUCGUUGGAUACAAAUUUAACAAAGAAGACACAGAGGACAAGAUGACAGUCGAGGAUUUUCCAUGUGAACAUAGUUAGGAAAUUCAAUUUACUAAAAAACAGUUUAUCUUAGGCCCUGUCCACACUAAGGUGAUUGCUGCUUUUUCAAAAUUCUCGGUGUAGUGUGGACGGGAGAUAAUUGAUGCGUUUUCAGAAAAAAAACCUCCGUCUUCUAAUUUCUCUGGCGUAGUGUGGCCGGGAUAGCCUCGUGUAACUUAUACGGUCCGUACACGGUCGGACAAACAUGUUAUUAAUUAAAGUUUAUUUAAUCUA